UCUAGAUAACGCCGUUCUUAUUUACUAGAGCAAAGUACAUGCCCCCAGAUGGGUUUUCUGGUAUAUCUGGGUAGGAGCAAGUGGAUAAAAAAAAGAAAUGCCUUCUUCAUCAUCAAAGUUUUUUAUUUCCCCCUAGUUUUGAGAGAGAGGAGAAAAAGCAGACCUCAUUCUCAAGCACAGCUCUGCUCAAAAUGUGGUGGAAACAUCAGCAGCAUGAGCAUCACCUGAAAGCUUGUUAGAAAUGCAGAAUCUCAGGCCCCAGGCCCAAACUACUGCAUCAGAGGCUGCAGUUUAACAAUCCACAGGUGAUUUGAUUUCUAUGCCUGUUAAAGUUUGAGAAGCUCCGCUCUAGACCAGCGUGGUGGUUGAACACUGCAAUCACCUGAGGAGGCUUUUAAAUUACUGAUCCCACCCCCCAGGAGUUCUGAUUUAAAUGGUCUGGCUUCCUAAAUGAUUCCAAAUGUGAGAGAAGGUAGUAAAGCACGUGGAAGCCUCCUGUUCCCUAUAAGAACCUCUGAAAUCGCAGCGGGUCUGGGUGCUGCUGACGGGGAGUGGGUAGGAAGAGCUUCCUGAAGCCCAGCGAAGCGGCUGCCCCUUCAUACAGGUAGGAGCCGGGACCAGGCUGUCUGUUCAGGUUCAGGAGCUGGACUUACCCUUGGGCACGAACUCGUUAGGACUAUUCACCAGGCACUUCAGUAUGUGGAAUCCAUGUAGAAAUUUGUUAUGCUACAUCAAAACCUUAAGCCUGGAAUGUUCUACGUAUGCUUACGUGUUUAGCUCAUCCUAGGGCAAAUCAUUUGCAUUCAGAGGAGGGUCCUGCUCUGUGGAAGGGAAUAGGAAGGGAAAGGUCCAAGAAAAGCCAGGAGCCUAAAGCUGUCAAGCAAGAGACAAAUAAAAAACCAGAGAGGAGUUACUCAAAGGAUGCAGCACCCAGGGAACCCCAGCCAUGAGUCAGCACAGGGGAGGCCCAGCCCCUUCUAGGGGAGCCUGACUGAGGAUCAGGCUCAGCUGCUGGGCUGGGCAGUGCGUGCUGCUGUUUCUCGUCCCAAGACCAAGUCUUAAUAGCAACUUGCCUUCCUCGGCUGCUUAGAUUUUUUUCCCCCCUGUGGCUGGAAAGAAGUGUCACAUUUUACUCUUAGGUCUCUCCCCCCACCCCCUCCCAGAGAGCAUUUGCCCAUGGGGGGGGGGGGGCGCGGCACUGUGAGCUCCCUCCAGCCUCGGGUGACUGCUGUAAGUAACUUUCAGCUCCUCUCCUUGUAACACCAUGACGUUCCUCCGGAAGCCUAGGAGCCGGACGGCUGCUUUUCUGCCUCUCUCCCUGCUCUUUUUGAAGAUUCUGCAACCAGGGCACAGCCACCUUUAUAGCAACCGCUACGCUGGUGAUAAGGUGAUCAGACUUAUUCCCAGUACAGAAGAAGAAGCAAAUGCACUGAAGAAAAUGUACCACCAACUUAAGGUGGACCUGUGGCAGCCCAGCAGUAUCUUCCAUGUAUCAAAAGGAGCAGUUACUGAUGUUCAUAUUCCCAAAAAUGGUUCCCAAGUCCUGUUAGCCUUCUUACAGGAAGCCAACAUCCAGUACAAGAUCCUCAUAGAAGAUCUUCAGAAAACACUGGAAAAGGCAAGCAGUUUGCGAACCCAGAGAAAUCGAAGAUACAUUUCUGGAUAUAAUUAUGAAGUUUAUCACUCCUUAGCAGAAAUUCAAAAUUGGAUGCAUCAUCUGAAUAAAACUCAUUCAGGCCUCAUUCAUGUGUUCUCUAUUGGAAAAUCAUAUGAGGGAAGGUCUCUUUUUGUUUUAAAGCUGGGCAGAAGAUCACGAACUUACAAAAGAGCUGUCUGGAUAGACUGUGGUAUUCAUGCAAGAGAAUGGAUUGGUCCUGCCUUUUGUCAGUGGUUUGUAAAAGAAGCUCUUCUAACAUAUAGGAGUGACCCAAUCAUGAGAAAAAUGUUGAAUCAUCUGUAUUUCUAUAUCAUGCCUGUAUUUAACGUUGAUGGAUACCACUUUAGCUGGACCAGUGAUCGAUUUUGGAGAAAAACAAGGUCAAGGAACUCAAGGUUUCGCUGCCGUGGAGUUGAUGCCAAUCGUAACUGGAAAGUGAAAUGGUGCGAUGAAGGAGCUUCUAUGCACCCUUGCGAUGAUACCUACUGUGGACCUUUCCCAGAAUCUGAGCCGGAAGUGAAAGCUGUAGCCACCUUCCUCCGAAAACACAGGAAGCACAUUAGGGCUUACCUCUCCUUUCAUGCAUAUGCUCAGAUGUUGCUAUAUCCCUAUUCUUACAAAUAUGCAACAAUCCCCAAUUUCAGCUGUGUGGAAUCUGCAGCUUAUAAAGCUGUGAAUGCACUUCGGUCGGUAUAUGGGGUACAAUAUAGAUAUGGACCUGCCUCCAGCACAUUGUAUGUGAGCUCUGGUAGCUCAAUGGAUUGGGCCUACAAAAAUGGAAUACCCUACACAUUUGCUUUUGAACUUCGUGACACUGGACAUUUUGGAUUUUUACUCCCAGAGAUGCUCAUCAAACCGACCUGUACAGAGACCAUGCUGGCUGUGAAGAACAUCACAAUACACCUACUAAAGGAAUGUCCCUGAGACAGCCCAAGGGUCAGGGCAACCACCAGAGAGAGAGCUAAUUCUGUGCAAGAGCCACCUGGCAGUGGGGGAAAUAUUUUUUUAAAGAGAAGAGCAAUUUCUUAGAAUGAACAUAUCUGUGCACUUUAAAAGGACCUACUCAUGCAAUUCACAUUUCUGUGGCAAUAAAAAAUUGGUAAAAAAAAAAAUUGAACAUACCCUAGUUUGCUGUAAGAGAAGCAUCCAUGUUAUAUACGUUUAGAGUUCUGUUUGAUUAAGGGGGAGAGGGGAUAUUUUCAAACUCUAUUAUCUCAAGAAAUGUACACAUUAAGGAUUUCACUGCAAUAAAUCUCCUUUUCUCAGUUAAGAUCUAGGCUACUAA